UUCUACAUCCUUUGUCCUGCCCAAUAAAUACGGUUUUCCGACACACCAAUUGGCAGGGAGUGCGAAGCGAGGCAAACGAUCCCUCUUUGCUUCCAUUUCGCAAAUUUUCUCCGUUUUUUCUUUCGGCGGCGAUGGCUUCAGUUUCCGAUUGCUACAAACAAUCCCUUCUCCCAAGCUUCCUAUACUCUUCCAUUCCCAACUCAUUCUCUCUCGAUCGACUCCUCAACGCCAACAAUCCUUCCUUCGGUGCUUGGCACACCUCUAAACUCGAUGCUCCCGCACCAUCAUUGUCGCCGUCGAUUAAGACGAGGACGUUUAUGAUCGCCUCGCCCAAUGAGCCUGGGAAGAAGAUCGAGAUGUACUCUCCUCAGUUCUACGCUGCUUGUACCGUCGGCGGUAUCCUUAGCUGUGGUCUCACUCACAUGGCAGUUACUCCUCUUGACCUCGUCAAGUGUAAUAUGCAGAUUGACCCUGCAAAAUACAAGGGUAUCUCAUCUGGUUUUGGAGUUCUGCUGAAGGAGCAAGGACUCAGAGGCUUCUUCCGUGGUUGGGUUCCUACCCUUCUUGGUUACAGUGCUCAAGGUGCCUGCAAGUUUGGAUUCUAUGAGUUUUUCAAGAAGUAUUAUUCUGACCUUGCUGGACCUGAAUAUUUUGCUAAGUACAAGACGUUGAUCUAUCUAGCUGGCUCUGCAUCUGCUGAGGUAAUUGCUGAUGUUGCACUUUGCCCCUUUGAGGCAGUCAAGGUCAGGGUUCAAACCCAGCCUGGUUUUGCUAGGGGUCUGUCAGAUGGCCUUCCCAAGUUUGUCAAAUCUGAAGGUGUUCUUGGAUUGUACAAGGGUAUUGUUCCUCUUUGGGGCCGUCAGAUUCCAUAUACCAUGAUGAAGUUUGCUUCUUUUGAAACAAUUGUUGAGAUGAUCUACAAGUAUGGUAUUCCCACUCCAAAGGACCAGUGCAGCAAAUCUCUGCAGCUUGGUGUUAGUUUUGCUGGUGGUUAUGUUGCUGGUGUCUUCUGUGCUAUUGUUUCUCAUCCUGCUGACAACCUCGUCUCUUUCCUCAACAAUGCCAAAGGAGCAACUGUUGGCUGUGAAGAAGCUUGGUUUAUGGGGUCUAUUUACCCGUGGACUUCCCCUCCGUAUUGUCAUGAUUGGAACACUAACUGGAGCACAGUGGGGUAUCUAUGACGCUUUCAAAGUGUUUGUGGGACUGCCAACCACUGGUGGUGUUGCUCCUGCUGCUGCAAAUGCUGCUACUGUGCUUGCAAAGGCAUAGAAUGUUGGAAGAUGAACGUGGAGAGAAUAGUUUUGUUGUUCUAAUAGGCCUGCAAAACUUUUUCCUAGGGAUAAAUAAACAUAACAUAGGAUUUCUGAAAAUUGCUUGAAUGGGUCUCAAAACGGUGGAAAGUAUUCUUUUGCAUUCAGAACUUCUAUCAGCUCGUUUGUUUUGACGACUGUUGGUUGGUUUCGACAGGAGAAUGGUUUUGGACUCAUCUUCUAUAUCAACUCCGGAGAAUAAUUUUUUUGUAGUUAGAUGAUACAUGAAAUUUCAAUUGAAGAUCAAUUUCCCCAUGCAGCGUAGCUGCAGCAAAAACUAAUGAGCCGAUGAGGGAUAUACUAUUGAUUUACCUUUUUUAAGCAAGUUUUUCAAUUGUAUGCGGAGAGAUUUUAUUGUCUGGUGAUGCUUUUGAAAUUAUGCUUUUUCUUCCUUAGAAGUUCACAUUAUUGUAGCCA